AGGCAGGGAGAAAUCGACAGAGUCCCGUCAGAACAGCCCUACACUUUGGCCACUGCGUCCACUCAGCCAGCUGUCACCUCGCACCCGCUCUGCACCAGGCCUCAAGCUGCCGGGCAGAGCCAUGAGCCCCCGGCCCUGCGGCUGGGGCCGGUAGCCCCUGAAGCUCUGGUGUGCGACUCCAUGUGUGGUUUGGCCCUGCGGUGAGCGGUGUGCGCCAGGCGGCCACCAUGACGAAGCUCCUGGUGGCCAAGGUCCUCUGCAUGGUGGGCGUGUUCUUCUUCAUGCUGCUGGGCUCGCUGCUGCCGGUGAAGAUCAUCGAGGCCGACUUCGAGAAGGCCCACCGCUCCAAGAAGGUCCUCUCCCUCUGUAACACCUUCGGGGGUGGCGUCUUCCUGGCCACGUGUUUCAACGCGCUGCUGCCCGCGGUGAGAGACAAGCUGCAGCAGGUGCUGAGCCUGGGCCACAUCAGCACGGACUACCCGCUGGCCGAGACGCUCAUGAUGGUGGGCUUCUUCCUCACCGUGUUCGUGGAGCAGCUGGUGCUGACCUUCCGCCGGGAGCGGCCGCCCUUCAUCGACCUGGAGACCUUCAACGCGGGCUCGGACGCGGGCAGCGACUCGGAGUACGAGAGCCCGUUCGUGGGCGCGGGCGGCCGCGGCCGCGCUCUGUACCCCGAGCCCACGGCGCACACGCACGGCGCGGGGCUGCGGCUGCGCGAGCUGGGGCGCCCGGGCCCGCUGCGGCUGCUCAGCCUGGUCUUCGCGCUGUCGGCGCACUCGGUGUUCGAGGGCCUGGCGCUGGGGCUGCAGGAGGAGGGCGAGCGCGUGGUCAGCCUGUUCGUGGGCGUGGCCGUCCACGAGACGCUGGUGGCCGUGGCCCUGGGCAUCAGCAUGGCCCGCAGUGCGGUGCCCCUGAAGGACGCGGCCAAGCUGGCGGUGACCGUGAGCGCCAUGAUCCCCGUGGGCAUCGGGCUGGGCCUGGGCAUCGAGAGCGCCCGCAGCGUGGCCAGCAGCGUGGCCUCGGCGCUGCUGCAGGGCCUGGCGGGCGGCACCUUCCUGUUCGUCACCUUCCUGGAGAUCCUGGCCAAGGAGCUGGAGGAGAGGAGCGAGCCGCUGCUCAAGGUGCUGUUCCUGGUGCUGGGCUACGCCGUCCUGGCCGGCAUGGUCUUCCUCAAGUGGUGAGGGCCGCAGGCCCGCCGUCCUCACCCCGCUGCCCGCCCGAGCCGUGAGCCCCUGCAGGACACAGGCCACGCUCCGGGCCGCGGUCCACGCACAGGGCCCCCCGCCCUCCGGCCGCGCCUGGCGCCACUGAUACUGCUUUAAAAAAAAAACAAGUCUUAAAGUUCUUUAUCAAAGCUG